GCUGUCUGAUAUACCCCGCCAUAGUUAGUUAGUAAGUUAGUGUAUCAGAAGUGUGACAAUCGUCAAUGGCCAAGUGAGAGAGCGAGUGGGAGAGUCUACUGCACCUGCCGCCGAUAAGAGUUUUUCCAGGCGACACAAUGACAAUAUUUAACCUCUGACGGCAGCUCAUUUGAGUUUCACACGCCGACUAGAGGAGGAGCAGGAGGCGGUGGAGGUGGUGGCCAGUCAGAGUCAGCAUCGAAUCAUCAGCACAGAAGCACAGCGGAAACCGAAAGGAGCGCAGAAUCGUGGGCGGACACAUGUUGCCAUGUUGACAAGGGCAUGGGUGUGGAGGUGGGAAUGGAGGUGGCUGAUGUGGCUGUUAUGUUUGCUACCUGGUCAGGUGCUGCCCGGCAACGCCGCCUCGGUCACCUGGGGUCAUGUCAACAAAUACGCCAGCGUGCUGCACACCGAAGAUGUUUACCUGGCGCCGGGUAGCAGCGGUAGAGAUGUGGCCUACGGCUCGCAGAAUGCCAGCGAUAACUACCGGAUUACGGGCGUGCAUGUCGAGGAUCUCGGCGAGGUUGGAGCGGAGGCAGAGCUCAUAGCUGGCGGCAUUGGCCAGCAGUUUGUGGUCCUUCACUGCCGGCGACUUCGGGACUCCGAGGAGCAGCCACAAGCGGCUCAUCUCGAGGUGUCCAUCUAUGGAGUGGACCUAUAGGCUGUUGGCUACUUUGCAGGGGGAAUAAUCCCCAAGCCAUUUGUUGUAAAUAUCAAUUAGAACUUUCAACGGAGAACUUUCAGCUGUGCAAGCCAGAUAUCUUUCAGUGAAUUUAUAUAUUUUAAGUAAAUAAGUAAACAAAUUUUAAAUUCCCUAUACAUGUAACUUUAUGUGAAAUAUCAGUAAGCUAGCAGUUAGCCAUUUUUGAAGUACAAA